UGAGCAAAGCCAUGCUGUAGUGGGAUCUCUCUCCAUCCAUUCCUGCAGUGCCGCCACUGCUAUAGCUGCGAGAGCUAUAGCUAGAAAAAUAUCAACGUAGGAAGUGGGAGGAGAAGUAGAUGAUGGAUACAGAUCACACUGAGAUAAUUAAGGAGGGAGAGGCAGUAGUGGAAGCCAUGGCUCUACUCCAGUCUCGGUUCAGGAGGAUAUGCGUCUUCUGCGGGAGCAGCCAGGGCAAGAAGAAGAGCUACCAGGACGCAGCCGUUGAGCUUGGCAAGGAGCUGGUAGCAAGGAACAUUGAUCUAGUGUAUGGUGGAGGAAGUGUGGGGCUCAUGGGCCUGGUCUCUCAAGCUGUCUACAAUGGAGGGAGGCAUGUUAUUGGGGUGAUUCCCAAGACUCUUAUGCCUAGAGAGAUUACGGGUGAGACAGUAGGGGAGGUGAAAGCAGUGGCAGAUAUGCAUCAGAGGAAGGCUGAGAUGGCCAGGCAAUCUGAUGCGUUCAUAGCACUGCCUGGUGGGUAUGGAACACUUGAAGAGCUCCUGGAAGUAAUUGCCUGGGCUCAGCUCGGCAUUCACGACAAGCCGGUUGGCCUGCUAAAUGUGGACGGCUACUACAACUCUCUGCUGUCGUUCAUCGAUAAAGCUGUGGAGGAAGAGUUCAUCAGCCCCUCUGCGCGCCAUAUCAUCGUGUUAGCUCCAACACCAAAAGAACUUCUCGAGAAGCUAGAGGCGUACUCCCCUCGGCAUGACAAGGUCGUGCCGAAGAUGCAGUGGGAGAUGGAGAAGAUGAGCUACUGCAAGAGCUGCGAGAUCCCUGGCCUGAAAGAAGGCAACAAGGCGACCAUCCAAGCACAGCGAGGAAGCAUGCUCUGAAAUUUACUGUAGCACUAGCUAGCUAUAGCUUAGCCAAUGCGUGCAGCAAGAAGAUUCAAAACUUCUUGGUGCACAUGAACUGCAACUUUUAAUUCAUGUAACUCGGUUCAUUAGAAGGCAAUUGAUCACUGAUCAUGCAAUUAGUCGUGUACGUAGCCCUAAGAAUGAAAUCAUCAGUAAGAUUUGUAAAUCA